AUGGCUAUCACUAAGGUUCACGCCCGUUCCGUCUACGACUCUCGCGGUAACCCCACCGUCGAAGUCGACGUCGUCACCGACACCGGUCUCCACAGAGCCAUUGUCCCAUCCGGUGCCUCCACCGGUAUUCACGAGGCUUUGGAACUCCGUGACAAGGACAAGUCCAAGUGGGGUGGAAAGGGUGUUUUGACCGCCGUCAAGAACGUCAAUGAGACCAUUGGACCCGCUCUCAUCAAGGAGAACAUCGAUGUCACCGACCAGAAGGCCAUCGAUAACUUCAUCCUCUCCCUCGAUGGUACUCCCAACAAGUCCAAGCUCGGUGCCAACGCUCUUCUUGGUGUCUCCCUCGCUGUCGCGAAGGCUGGUGCCGCUGCCAAGAAGGUCCCACUCUAUGCCCACAUUGCCGACUUGACCAACUCGAAAAAGCCAUAUGUUCUUCCAGUUCCAUUCUUCAAUGUUAUCAAUGGAGGCUCCCACGCUGGCGGUGCUCUUGCCUUCCAGGAAUUCAUGAUUGCCCCAACCGGUGUCGAGACCUUCUCUGAGGCUCUCCGAGCUGGUGCUGAAAUCUACCAGAUCCUCAAGUCUCUGACCAAGAAGAAGUACGGUCUUAGCGCCGGAAACGUUGGUGACGAGGGUGGUGUUGCUCCUGAUAUUGGAACCCCAGAGGAGGCUCUUGACUUGAUCACUGAGUCGAUUGAGAAGGCCGGCUACACUGGCAAGGUCAAGAUCGCUAUGGAUGUUGCUUCCUCUGAGUUCUACAAGGAGGCUGACGAGUCCGGUGAGAACGGCAAGUACGAUCUCGACUUCAAGAACGAGAACUCGGACAAGUCCAAGUGGAUCAGCAGCCAACAGCUUGCCGACAAGUACGUCGAGCUUAUUGAAAAGUACCCGAUCGUCUCGAUCGAAGACCCCUUCGCUGAGGACAACUGGUCGGCAUGGAGCGAGCUUGUUAAACGUGUUGAUAUCCAAAUUGUCGGUGACGACUUGACUGUCACCAACCCCACCCGUAUCAAGAGCGCCAUCGAGCAGAAGAGCUGCAAUGCUUUGUUGCUCAAGGUCAACCAGAUUGGUACUCUCACCGAGUCCAUCCAGGCCGCUGAGGACUCCUUCGGCGACAGCUGGGGCGUCAUGGUUUCCCACCGAUCCGGUGAGACUGAGGAUGUUACUAUUUCUGAUAUUGUUGUUGGUCUCCGUGCUGGACAGAUCAAGACCGGUGCUCCAUGCCGUUCGGAGCGUGUUGCUAAGUUGAACCAACUCCUUCGCAUUGAGGAGGAGCUUGGAGAAUUGGCGAUCUAUGCUGGUGAUAACUUCAGGAAGACCAGGAAUUUGUAG